AUGGUUUGCAUGCCCUGCGGAUGGACCCUAUCACGCGGAAUAGGUGGUUGGAGUUUAUUGCGGUCUCCAGUGGUGAUAAAGUGCACAGUUGGGUGCCAGACUGAUCCCCUGGUCAUGAAUGGACCUACCAAAAGGAGCAAAGGCCCUCCCUGUCAACACACCCUCAUAAGAUUGCCUGCUACAGUUGUUCGAGAGCUGUCCAGUUUACAGCCAAACAUGCAGCAUAGUGAAGACCAACAAGGGGGCCCUCAUCAGCAUCAUGCAGACAUGCCCUGGUGUAACAGUAUAACUUUAGACCGCCCACUCGCCCAUACCCGGGUGCGAACCAGGGACCCUCUGCACACAUCAACAACGAAGCAUCGUUACCCAUCGCUCCACAAAAGCCGCGGCCCUUGCAGAGCAAGGGGAACCACUACUUCAAGGUCUCAGAGCAAGUGACGUCACCGAUUGAAACGCUAUUAAUGCGCACCACCGCUAACUAGCUAGUCGUUUCACAUCCGUUACACUGGCUGUGAGCAUUCCUAUGAAUGGAACAGUCAAUCACAUGUUGGCAAGUAUAUGGUUAGCAACCUUCACCUAUCGGUGGCAACUGCUUUCACAGGGUCAUCUUCUGUACAAAUACAGAAGGUAACCUAUUUCAUGAUACAUUAGAUAACCCAAUUGUGAAACAUAAUUUAUGUAAACUGAUAUUAUUUGUUGCUUAUUUUCUAAUUCUUAGAUGCAUGUAGUGUCCAGGGUAUAACCUAGCCUGGUGGAUCCAGCCUGAUUGCUGUGUUUAUCAUUCUACUUCACUUCACAUUUAGGAUAUCUGGAGUGAAAUAGAAAGGUGAACGCAGUGAUCAGGUUGGUUCCACCAGGCUAGUCAUACCCACCAUUGAUAUUGUAAUCGUGUGUGACCAACCAGUAUCUUUGAUAAGGGGCCAGGAGCUGAUCUAUGCUGCUAUGCCCAUCAAUGGGACUCUGGCAAAGACCUCGCCUCACCUCUUGCCUGCUCACCAACGGUCGUCGAUGGCAAGACCAGACUCGCUCAAUGGGGAGAGAGAAACCUUGUGUAUUCUGCACUGUGAUUAGGGAACUCCUGUUAUAUACAGUAUAACACACAGAAAGGGAGUACCAAGAAGAGUAUGCCAGAAGUGUGGUGGAGAGGACCUGGAACUGAAGCCAAGAUACACACCUACACUGGCAACGCCAUGAACACCUACACAGGUCCUUCGUACGCCCCAGCAUCUAUCUACAUCCUCAGGCUGCGGUCCAAGGACCAGGACACCAGGGCUACUGUGUACCUCCAUGAGGGCUCUGGGACCUCCUGGGCCUUCCCACAGCUUCCCUCUGACUCCCGUGUCCACACCCUGGGUGUAGGAAUGACCAGUGUCACCCUCAGCUGGGCCCCCAGUGCCCCCCUCAAAAGGCUGCACACCCAACGCAGCUAUGACUACUGUGUCCUCGUCAAUCGCAAACACAACUACCGCAACCUUUGUGCCGCCCAGGAGGGCAUCAGGAAGGAGCGGGAGAAAGACAAGAAAAGGGAGAAGGACAAACAGAGGAAAGUAACUGUGUGGCCGAUUCUCAAAGACUGGUGGUGGCAGCAGUGGGAUGCUGACACUGAGCUCCAGUCACCCGCUGCGCUCCGUGACGACUAUGGUCAUCUUCAAUGCGUUUGUAAGGGAACAGAGAGCGUGUGCACGGUCUCUGAGCUCGUCCCUGACACGCAAUACUACUUUGACGUUUUUUUGAUUGACAGGCUAAAUGGAACCAGUGCCGCAUAUACUGGAACAUUCGCUCAAACACACGAGGAGGCCCGACCAGCUAUCACACCACUUAGGGAAGGGGAGCUCCGGUGGGUGACCUUCCAGGAUGGAGGCUCAACCUCUGGGGAGUUCUUUAGCUUCCGCCCCCGGGGCUGGCAACAGAGUGGCCUGCUCACUCUACAGAGCUGCGAAAGCAGUGAGAAGAUCAACAUCACCGUUUCCAGCAAGGGCAAAGAGCUCAGCUCCCAGGCUGUGGGAGAAAACCUUGUUCAGAUCUGGCUCCAGGGCAGCCCUUCCUACCUCAUCCACUUGGAGAAAGAGCGAACGGCGGCUCCCAGACAUGCUGCUCCAAGAGUGCUGAAGGCCUCUGUUAAGAUGCAGGCAUCCUCCACUUACCAUCGUCAAGGGAUACCUUCGCUCCCCUCCACUCUGCAGAUAAAGUCUUUCAACAGGCUCAGGAGCUGUGAAUCUGUCACCCUGGCCUGGAUGGGCACAGAGGAGAGGAGCCUUUACUGCGUGUACCGCCAGAGGCUGGGUAAGGGGGGAGGUAAGAAGGGAGGCACGGCACCCUGCCUGGGGCCUGAGUCACGGUCGGACACUGAGAAGGUCCUGUGUAAAUACUUCCAGGAGCUCAACCCUCGACGGGCUGUCACGACAGCCGUGAUCGGAGGCCUGGAGCCUGGGGUGGCCUACAUAUUUGAUGUCUAUCUAAUGAGACGCUGGGGGAUCCCCAUAAAGUACAGCAGCAAGACAGUAAGAACCAGGAAGGAGUGCUGAGCUGCUGCCCACUCCUAGUCUCAGUCUGCAGCAGAAUUGGACUUAACAAAGAGGUGAUUUACAAAGACUUACCAUGAAAAGGUAAUUCUACUACGAGGGAGACUGUUAAGAAAUGUGGUACACCCUGUGAAGAGUGGUCACAUUUGAACACUGGUACUCGUGGAUUGGGUAGGAGUAGCAGAGGGGCGACUGCACACCAGCAAAAUUCAUUCCAUUUCAGUAACCUGUGCUUUUUGUCUUUUUGUUUAUAGUUGAUGAUGUGCCAGUUGUCUAGGUACUAAUUGUCUGACUGAGUACAAAGGAGGAUAUACGUUUUUGAUUAAUACAAAUUUUUAGUGAAGACUGUGCCAAAAAAUAUGCAACAGAAGCAGAUUUUGAUUAUACUUUGCAAUGGGGAGAGAGAACUUCUGGCAAGAACCUACAGUAUAUAUUUAGUGCUGCAUUGUUCUACAGGCUUAAAACACAGAUAGGGUAAUCUAUUGAUGCUUAGCGCAAAGUUAAUGUGUAUCUUGUGUUCUGCUUUCGCAUUAAGUAGAUCAAAUUUGUUAGCGACUAGCUUCAUUGUCGUUGAUGUAUUAUUGUGCUAUACUUCAAAUACACCAAUAAACACACAUUAGG